AUGCUGUUGGAUCUUAAGGCUUUUGGGAUCUUUGUGUCUCAAAAUUUGGUUAUUGUCUCCGCAUUCUUGCUCUUCGCUAUCUUAAUCUAUCAUUUGUCAUUUCAAAAGCGGCAACGAAUUGUACCUGGUAUUCCAAUUGUCGGAGGCGAAGACAGAAGCUCGGUUAAGAAAAAUCGUAUUCGCUUCAUUCAUGAUGGCAAGAACAUGCUUGCCGAGGGCUACAAGAAGUAUGGUGGCAAUUUCUUCUACGUUCCCAGCAAACUGGGUGAGAGGUUGAUGAUUCCGGUCAAGUAUUUGGAGGAUCUGAAGACAGCCCCCAUAAAGGAGGUGGAUUUUGUGGCCACUUUUAUAGAAAUGUUUGAGGGGAAAUACACAACCAUGGGCAGCCGCUCGACAUUGCAUCCCCGAGUAGUUCGGACUCAAUUGAACAAAUAUCUAGCCGACGUGAUGGUUGAUGUCCAGGAAGAGAUACGAGAUGCUUUCGAGGCAUCAUUUCCACCUUGUGAAGAUUGGACUGAAGUAGAUGUCGUUGACCGCAUUACCCAAAUUGUCGCGCGAGUGUCAAGUCGCAUGUUUGGCGGAACCACUCUCAGUCGAAACAACGAAUGGGUCCAAUCCUCGAUCGCAUUUGCUAUCGACGGGUUUAUCGGUGCACAAGCGUUGAAGAACUAUCCCGAGUUCAUGAAACCUCUAGUAGCCCCCUUCAUUCCAGCCAUCCGUGCGAUCAAUAAGCACUACGAAGCCGCGGAGCGAGCGGCGAUACCACUAAUUGAGCAACGAAGAUGUCAAGGGAAUAAAGCACAGGACCUGCUUUUCUGGAUGGAUGAGCAAGCCGUGAGUGAUGAAAAAGACCUAAAAUUCUUGGCCGGAAUUCUCCUCAAAGUCAGCUUUGCUGCAAUUCAUACCAGUGCGGCAGCUCCGACGCAGCUUCUGUACGACCUCUGCGCAAUGCCGGAAUACAUCGAACCCCUACGUGAGGAGGUUGUGGCCGCUCUUGGCCCAGAGGGUAUGAUAUCCAAACAAGGAUUCCAUGAGCUUUCAAAGUUGGACAGCAUCAUGAAGGAAAGCCAGCGUUUCAACCCGCUUCUCCUGAUAACUUUUGAGCGCGUCGUGACUACAGACUACCCUCUUUCAGACGGAUUUGUUAUUCCCGCCAAUACCACAAUCGGGGUUCCAACCCAUGCAAUUUCCAUGGAUCCUACGCUAUACGAAGCUCCUGAAAAAUACAACGGAUUCCGCUUCCACAAGAUGCGGGGCCAAGGAGUAGAAAGCUGCCAGAAUGGAGCAAAUAACCCCAACCAGGCCGAACGCUCAGCGGCUCUCAGCGCUUAUGUUUCUUCCAAUCCUACCAGCAUGGCUUUUGGUUAUGGACGACACGCAUGUCCCAGACGUUUCUUUGCCGCCAACGAGAUCAAAGCUAUUAUGGCGCAUAUCCUGCUCAACUAUGACUUCAAAUUUCCUGAUGGUCAAACCCAGCGCCCAGAGAGUCUACUUUUCGAAACACAGUACCUGCCAAAUCCAGCUGGACGAGUCAUGUUCCGCAGACGCAAAUUGGCAUAG